ACCGGAGCGCAUUCCUGCACAGCGCUCACACUGGAGGGACGAGCAGCGGGGAGAGACGGGAAGCCGGCCGUCCGCAGCGUCUACAGGGCUGGGAGCUCAACCAAAACCCAAAAUUGGAGACAGAGGGAGUGUUGGUUGUCGCCGAGCCUAGCGGUUUCAUGUGCAGCAGUGUUGGCUGAAGGGCAAUAUUGUGUUUUGAAGGACUGUAGCGGCGAUGUCGGAGUUUCUGGUGAAUCUACUCGGGGAGCGGCUUGUCAACAGUGAGAAAGCCGAGGUAGACGUGCAGUCGCUGGGCGCCAAGCUGUCCUUGGUCGGGCUCUUCUUUGGAUGUAGCCUGAACGCCCCGUGCAAGCAGUUCAACGCCAGCCUGUGCGACUUCUACAGCAAAUUCAAAAAGACGUCCGAACAUAAAGACAAAUUGGAAAUCGUCUUCAUCUCGUCUGAUCAGGACCAGAAACACUGGCAAGACUUUUUACAGGAGAUGCAAUGGCCUGCGUUACCUUUCAAAGACAGACACAAAAAGAUGAAGCUGUGGAACAAGUACAAAGUGACCAGCAUCCCAUCUCUGGUGUUUGUGGAUGCAACCACGGGGAAGGUGGUGUGUCGGAACGGUUUACUGGUGGUCAGAGAUGACCCAAAAGGUCUGGAGUUCCCCUGGGGGCCAAAACCUUUUGCGGAGGUGGUGGCAGGGCCUCUGCUCAGGAACAACAGGCAGACGACAGACAGCAGCUCUCUGGAGGGACACUACGUGGGAGUGUACUUCUCAGCACACUGGUGCCCACCGUGCCGCAGUCUGACCCGGGUGUUGGUGGAAUCGUAUCGCACCGUCAAGGAAUCGGGUCAGAAGUUUGAGAUCGUGUUCGUCAGCGCCGACAGGUCAGAGGAGUCCUUUAAGCAGUACUUCAGCGAGAUGCCGUGGUUGGCAGUACCAUAUUCAGACGAGGCUCGGCGAUCACGACUCAACAGACUCUAUGGAAUACAAGGUAUUCCCACCCUGAUUUUGCUGGACACAGAAGGACACAUGAUCACGCGACAGGGCCGUGUGGAGGUGCUGAACGACCUCGAGUGCCGGCUCUUCCCCUGGCACCCCCGGCCCGUGCUGGAACUGAGCGAGUCCAACGCCGUGCAGCUCCACGAGGGGCCCUGCCUCGUACUCUUUGUGGACGCCGAGGAGGAAGGUGAGCUGGAGCCAGCCAAGGAGCUAAUUCAGCCAAUCGCAGAGAAGCUCAUGGCCAAGUAUAAAGCCAAGGAGGAGGAGACGCCGCUGCUGUUCUUUGUGGCCGGAGAGGAUGACAUGAGUGACUCCCUGCGGGACUAUACAAACCUCCCAGAGGCCGCACCUCUGCUCACUAUCCUGGACAUGUCCGCCCGAGCCAAGUACGUUCGGGAUGUAGAGGAGAUCACACCAGCCGUAGUGGAGCAAUUUGUCAGCGACUUCCUAGCUGAGAAGCUCAAACCAGAGCCCAUCUAAAGAAGAGGUCCAGAUAUAUAUGGAAUAUGGGACUCAAAACAGUCCUCACACCAUCAUCAACCCUUGACCUGUUGCUACACCCCUCACCCCUCCCAGCCUCUUCCCUCAUUUCCCCUACUCUGUCAGACUGUUAAGAGAGACAUCUCACUUUUUACUGACAUUUUAACACUUUUUAGAAAUGUCCCUCUUUCAUGGAGUCCUCUCCUUCUCCUGUGGUGCCUUGCAUUGACUAUAGCCCGUACAGUAAUAUAUAUGGAGAUUAUGUUGCUUUUUUUUUGUUUUGUUUUGUUUGUUUGUUUGUUUUUUUUGUUGGCCUCUUUUUUUCACUCCAUAGCAUUUCUGAAUUCUAGAAGAAACCAGAGAGUUACCCAGUGGACCUACAUAUUCAGUUGACUCUUUGCUUUCUGUUUUAUCCGCAAUAUCCUUGUUACGUUUGUUUUUGAAAUAUGUUGAAAGAAUAAAAUGAUUGCAACAUUUUUUUUCAGUUGUAAUUCACAUGUACACACGGUGCAAAUGUGCUAAAACCUCAGUUUGGAUGUAGCCGUCAGCCUUUAUGGUCCUAUCCAUUAAAAAGAAAGAAAGAAAAAAAAAAAAGUACGCCAGAUGCACAUACAGUAAAGAACACGUUGCUUGUAAUAGACCAAUGACUGAUGUUUAAAACUCUGUGUCUUGUUGUGUGUCAUGAUGUGAGUGAAAGUCAUCUCUUGCCAGUUGUUAAAGGUGGUUCUCAUCUCAGCAGCCAUUAUGAGGAUUUUCUGUGAAGGUCCCCUUAUGAAAAGGCCAGAUAUUUUUGAAGGCACAAAAGUGGCAUUUGAAAUUUGAAAAGUGUUGAAUGUAUAUUUCCCUAUAUUCUGUUACUCCCAGGUUGUAUCUCAAGUCAUGACUUCUCACAACCAUUAAAAAUUCACUGUUAAGCA